CAUCUUCAUCGAGUUUGUAAUUUACCUCCUUAACCAUCUGGUUAACAUGUCAAUUUCCGCUCAGCAGAAAGCUCUAGUUCUCCCUGAGCCCCACGCACCAUUCGCCCUUCGUACUGUCGAUGUAUACAAACCGGAGGCUGGAGAGGUGCUUGUCCGUAUCGAAGCGAUCGCACUCAACCCAGUCGAUUGGAAAAUACAGGCUUUUGAUUUUCUCAUAGACGAAUACCCCGCUGUCAUUGGUACUGAUAUCGCUGGAACCGUUGUCCACCUCGGUGAAGGAGUCACGAACGUUGCUGUUGGCGACAACAUUGUUUGGCAAGGCUUGUUCACCAACCGCCUUGCUUCCUUCCAGCAAUACGCCAUUGCGAAGGUCGAUAGAUUGGCCAAGAUUCCACCAAGCAUUAGCUUUGAGCAAGCAGCAACUAUCCCUGUUGGUGCGGCUGCCGCUUUCGUUGGGCUGUACGGCCCUAAGCAGGAGUCAGCCGGCCGACCCAUCGUCAUUUUCGGUGGCUCGUCCUCUGUCGGCCAAUAUGCUAUUCAAUUCGCCAAACUCUCCGGCUUCUCACCUAUCAUUACCACUGCGUCUCCACGCAACUACGACCUUGUCAAAUCGCUCGGUGCCACGCAUACCAUCAACCGCACCCUCUCGCCUGACGACAUUGUCGCAGAAGUCAAGAAGAUCACGUCUGGACCCGUUGAAACCGUGUACGAUGCCAUCUCGGAAGAAGAUACACAGAACACCGCCUAUGAUAUCCUCUCGCCUGGCGGCACUGUCGUAAUCACCCUCAAACAGACUAUUGUGCAGGAGAACAUUAGAAAGGACAAGAGCAUAAUACACACAUUUGGCAAUGUCCACCUUGAGCACAACCGUGCUCUCGGAGUUGGGUUCUUCAGUCAUUUGACUGAGUAUCUUGCUUUUGGGGAUGUCAAGCCCAAUCCAUUCGAGCUCAUCCCCGGGGGUCUUGAGGCGAUCCCCAAGGGCCUCGAAAGACUCAAGAACGGUGAAGUCAGCGCCAAGAAGCUGGUCGUCAGUCCAAAUGGGGCUGUGUGAUUAGUAGGGAAUAUUAGGGCUCCAA